AUGAGGUUGUGCCCUCCAGCUAGACACGUUCACGGAGGAGAUGAACUCUGCAGUUCGGCUUGCGCAUCAACAGAGCAAAAAGAGCUUGUGUGGGCUGAUUCAACAUUCUUUCAGGUGGAGCGGGAGCUAAAUGUCACGAAGGAAUUGGAUACGGAGAGAGAGCAGUGUGGUUCUGACAAGUACUUCCUGCCAAAGGUCAUGGGAAAGACCCCGCAGCCUGAAGAGGCAUCCGCCGAAAGCGCGACAAGCUUGCUCUACGACAAGCUGAAAAACAUCAUAGAGUUACUCAAAGAGCGCUUAGUGGACCGUGAUGAAGUGAUCCGGAUGCUCCUCCUGGCCUUGGUCACGCAUCAAAAUGCAUUGCUUCUCGGUCCUCCUGGAACUGGCAAGAGCCAUGUGUGCAAGAUGCUGGCAAGUAUGAUCUCAGACACGCAUAAGGAGCAAGGGAAAGCGUUCUUUGAGGCGCAGUUCCAUCCCUCCACAACAGUGGAAGACAUAUUUGGAGCUAUCAGCCUGUCAGGCUUGGCAGAAAAUCGUAUCACUCGAAAUGUGCGGCAAAUGCUGCCCUAUGCGUCUGUGGCGUUUUUGGAUGAAGCCUUCAAAGCCCAAGCAUCGCUUUUGUCAUGCUUGCUCUCCACCCUGAAUGAGCGCGUGUUCAAGAAUGGUGACCAGAUGCUCACGGACUUGCCAUUGGCAACUACUAUUGUCGCUAGCAACGAAAUUCCUCUGGACGCUUCUGCUGGGGCACUUACCGACAGGCUCCUUAUCCGAGUUUUUGUGGACUAUGUCAAGGAAGGUGACCCUCUCGAUCAAAUCAUGAAUACAAAAUUUGGCGACCCAGGAUGCCAGUUGGGAGACGAGAAUGGAGACAAGUGA